CGCUUGCUGCUCGGUGAAGCCUCGGCGGGGCGGUCCGUUUUGCUGCCGCGACAGGACGACCGCUCGCGGGAGCCGCAUUUUCUCAUCCCGGCGUUCAUCCCGCCCCAAGGGAGGGCGGCCAUCAUCACCGAAAAGAAGAAGGUCCGAGGUGCGUGCAGUGCGCGAACGACGCUUCGUGCCCGAACCCGCAGCUCGGGGGUGCCCACCCCGCGACCCAUAGUGGAUACACGGAGACCCGAGUGCCAGCCCGGCGGCGGCGGAGUGCGGAAGAGCAGCGCGGCCAUCGGCCGGAUCGAAGCGCCGCGUGCGUGAGUGGCGCGAUGCCGGUGGCGGCGGCUGCUGCUGCGGCGGUGGCGGCCUCGGUCUCUUCGGCCACGACGACGAGCUGAGUGAGGCGCGGAUGCGGACCGUGCAUUUCGGAGCCGGAGGGGGCCUUCCCGAGGCCGGCAGCUAGCUGAGCGAGGCGGUGCAGCAGCGCAAGAAGCAAGCAGCAGCAGCGGGAGAAUACAAACGCGCGAGCGAUCGCAACGUAGAACCAUGUCCUCCCGCGACAUGUACGGCGGCUCGCAGAGGUCGCCCCGGGCGGCCCAGAGCUCGCGCGACGUGAUGCUGGGGCCGCCUAAGACGUCCUACGCGUCCAUCUCGCAGCCGCCGUCUGCCAGGGGAAGUCCCAUCGCGCGCAACCUCUCGUCACCGUCGCAGGGCCGCCGCAUGCGGCCCACCGGACCGUACGGCGUGAGCCGCUCGAGCAACAGCAGCCCAUUGACCAUGGCCACGCACGACUACUACGGCGACGAGCCGGACCUGCGGGUGUCGCACCGCAGCCGGUCGGCCACGCGCACCGCGCCGCCGGCCAUGCGCUCGUCGUACCCGGGCGUCAGCGUCGUCGACCAGGACUUCAUGCCCAUCAGGGACCGGUCCCUGGAGCGCGGCGCCGUGGACCUGGGCCGCCGCGGGGGCGGAGGAGGCUACCGCGAAGACAUGUACCGCGAGACCACCAUCGACGGCGACCCGUACCGGGACUACGGCGGCAGCAGUGGCCGCGGAGGCGGCGGCGGUGGGAGUUUCGUGGCCGAGCUGCAGAGCCGGCUUAACGAGCUCCAGAGUCAAUACGGGAGCGUCAAGCGGGAACUGGACGCGACCACGCAGAAGCUCGGCUCCAGCAUGCACAGCAUCAAGACCUUCUGGAGCCCCGAGCUGAAGAAGGAGCGCGCCUUGCGCAAGGAGGAGGCCGCCAAGUACGCCCUCAUCAACGACCAGUUGAAGAUACUGCGAUCGGAGAACCAGAAGCAGGCAUCGCUGAUCCGCCAGCUGGAGGAGGAGCUGCGGAUGGCGCACAUGCGAAAUCCCGACGCCGAGCUACGUCAGCACCUGGACGCCCUCUACGCCGAGAAAGAGCACAUGGCUAAGGAGAUAUUCCUGCUCAGGGAGACCAUCAAGGAACUGGAACUGCGGAUAGAGACGCAAAAGCAGACGCUCGCAUCCCGAGACGAGAGCAUCAAGAAGCUGAUGGAGAUGCUGCAGAGCAAGGGCGUCGGGGGCCAGAUGCUGGAUGAACAGCGUAUGGAGAUGGAGCGACUCAAGAGCCGCCUCAUCGAAUCCGAAGCCCGUGCGCGCCACCUGGAGACCAUGUUGGACACCAGAGACCGAGACAUUGGCAAGCUGGACGAGCUCCGGAUCGAGCUGAACAAGCGCGACCAGGAGCUCCUGGCCAUGGGCGCCAAGAUGAAGACGCUGGAGGAGCAACACCACGACUACCAGCGCCACAUCGCCGUGCUCAAGGAGUCCCUGUGCGCCAAGGAGGAGCACUACAACAUGCUACAGGCUGACGUUGAAGAACUGCGGCAGCGUCUGGAGGAGAAAAACAAGCUGAUAGAGAAGAAGACUCAACAGGCGCUCACAGCGACGCAGGAGCGAAACCAACUAAGCCAAGAACUGCAGGAGCUUAGAGACCACAUGGACAUCAAGGACCGAAAGAUCAACGUGCUUCAGAGGAAGAUCGAGAACCUGGAGGACCUGCUGAAGGAGAAGGACAACCAGGUGGACAUGGCACGUGCGCGGCUGUCGGCGAUCCAGGCGCACCACUCGACCUCGGAGGGCGCCCUGUCCAGCCUGGAGGAGGCCAUCGGCGACAAGGACAAGCAGAUCGUGCAGCUGCGCGAGCAGCGCGACCGCGCCGAGCAGGAGCGCAACGAGGAGAGGGACCUGCACGAGCGCCAGCUGGCCGAGUACCGCAUGAAGAUGCACGCGCUGGAGAGCGAGAUGGACAAGCUGCAGAGCCGCCUGGAGAAGGCCAACGCCGAGAAGGAGCGUCUGGAGACGCGCCUCGAGAACUCCCAGUCCGAGUUGGGACAGGCGCGUGCCGAGCUGGACAAGAUCCAGGCCGAGGUGAGCCGCUCGUCCGCCGACUGGGAGAGAAUGCGCGGCGAGCACGCGCGACUGUCGCUCGAGAACGACCGCUUCCGCGAGCACGUGGGCCGCCUCGAACAGCCCACGGUGACGUCGUCGCCGUACCGGAGCGCCACAAGCGUACUGCCGCUGCAGCAGCAGCAGCACGCGUCCGACGAGCGCACCCAAGAGAAACUCGACCGCGUGCAGGCCGAGCUGCGCCGGGCGCAAGCUGAACUGAGGAUGACGCAGGCGGAGCAGGAGCGGGCGCGAGGCGAGCAGGAGCAGCUGCAGGAGAAACUGGAGCGCUCCCAGGGAGAAGUGUACCGGCUCAAGGCCAAGCUGGAGAACGCGCAGGCCGAGAGGGAGGCCCUCCAGGAGGAGUACGACCGCGUGCAGGGCAUCGUGGCCCGAGGCCAGUCCGACAAGGACGCGGCGCUGGCCGAGGCGGAGACGCUGAGGGCCGAGCUGGAGCGCGUCCAGGGGGCUCUCACCAAGGCUCAGGUGUCACAGGAGAAGACGCAGGCGAUGCUCGACCGGGCGCAGCUGGAGGCCGACAGGCUCCAGGAGAAGCUGGACAAGGCGCUGACCGAGACGAGGAGGCUGGCUGCCGACCGCGAGCGCUGCCAGGAUGAGGUGCAGAGUAUGCAAGGGCAGCUGGCCCAGGCGCAGCUGCAUGCUCAACGGGCGCACAAGGAGAAGGAUGCGUUGCAGUCCGAGCUGGAGCAGACGAGGGAGAAGGCCGACAGGGCGUUGGCCUUGCAGCAGAGGCUGCACAAGGAACGUGACGGCGCCCAGGCCGAAGCGGACGCAUUGAGAGACCGUCUGGAAAUCCUCCAGAGUCAACUAGCCAAGGCACACAAGGAGCGGGAGAACGUCCAAGCAGAGUUUGAGGUGAUGCGUGACAGGCACGACAAGAUUGCGCUCCAGGCGGAGCGAGGACGAGCCGAGGCCGACGCAGCACAGGCCGAGUUGCGGGCAGCGCGCGACCGCGCCGACAAGCUCCAGCUGCAGCUGCAGAAGGCCCAGGAAGAGAGGGAACUGUGCAGGCUGGAACAGGACAAGCUCCGCGAGAAGCUUGACAGGGCACAGGCGGAAAGCUUCAAAGCCCAGACCCGCUUGGACCAGGGUCAGGCAGAGGCGGACCGCUUGGCCCUGGAGUUAGACAAGUGCCAGGUCCUGCUGGCUAAGACCAAGGAAGACCAUAAGCGCUCUCAGGAAGAGUUUGAAGGCUUGCAGGAUCUCUACGUAAGAACGAACGCCCAGUUGGCCAAGACCAAAGAGGCCGAAGAGAAGACACGACAGGACCUCGAUCGCUGUCAAGUAGAGCUGGAAGUGGCCCGCGAUCGUUUGGAUAAGGCACAGCUGGAGGCGCGCCGUCUUCAAGCCGAGCGCGAUCGGCUGCAAGCCGAGGUCGACCGCAUGUCUCUAGAUAUGGACCGCAUCCAAACGCAAGUGGGGAAAACGCAAACGCAUCACGAAAAGUCGCAGGAAGAACUGGCAAGAAUGCAAGUGGAAUUGGAAAAGCUGUACGAAAAACUGGAUAGGGCACAGACGGAGUUGCGUAAAACACAGAACGAAAAGGAUCGCCUUCAGUCUGAGAAAGAGAGCCAGCAGGCGGAACUGGAACGCUACCAGGCGCAAAUGUCCAAGUACCACAGCACCCAGGACAAGUCUCAGGCAGACUUCGAACGGCUGCGUAUCGAUGUUGAAAAGAUGCGGGACAAGUACGAAAAGACGCUCGCGGAGCUCAACAAGACAAGCGAAGAACACGCGAAGCUCAAAGCCGAGCUGGAUCGAACACGGUCGGAGAAGGGUGUCACCCAGGAAGAACGCCAGGCGCACGCUAAUGAAAUUGAACGGCUCUACAUCGAAGUUGAAAAAGCCAAGGACAAAUAUGAAGGCGCCAAGCUCGAGGUCAAGAAACUUCAAGACAUGCGCUCCCAGCACCAAGCCGAAAAUGAGCGGUUGCGCAGAGCCCUGGAAGCUACGCAGGCCGAGCUCAAAAAGGCCUCUGCGGCAUCAGACGAUCGGCAACGCCAAGAGAUAGAGAAGUUAACAGCCGAAUGUCAGAGGCUCCGUGAGCGAGCCGACUGUGCUAUCCAGGAGAGGGACUCGCUUCUGACAGAACUGAACAAGGCUCAGGCAAAACUGGAUUCCCUGCAGGAGGCCAGUGAAGGAGACCGGCAGAAGAGCACCUCGGAGGUGGAGCGCCUCAGGCACCUUUUGGGUCGCUCCGAAGAAGACCUCCAAAAGACGGUCGGCGAAAACAGCAGGCUACAGAUGGAGGUGGAGCGGUUGAAACAGGACGUCGAAGACGCUGAACGGUACAUCGCGAACGUGCAGGAGAGUACGCAGAAAGACCGCAGCCAACAGGAAAGCCUUCGAGCGGAGACGAAACGGCUCCACGAAACCCUCGAGAUGGUCCAGGAGGAGCUGCGCAAGACUUCCCAGGAACGCAACAGGCUCCAGAUCGAGGUCCAGGAGCUAGUUUCAGAACUGGAACGACGCAGCGGCACGGACACCGCUGCGCGUGCGCAGGAGGACGCGAGGAUACGGGGUGAGAUCGAGAAACAGCAGCUAGAACUCCAACAGUUGCACAAGGAACUGAAGAAGAGCACACAGCAAAUGCAGAAGCUCGAGACCGAGAACAAGGAGCUCAGGGCCAAGCUGGAAAGAGCUUUGGAUGCAGCUGCUCAUGCGCAAAAGCAGUCGGAAGAGACCCACGCCGAGACUACGAAACUAAGAGAGGCAAACCGAAUGCUGAAGCAGCAGCAACAGCAACUCCAGCAGCAGGCCACUGGUGGAAUGAAGGAAGGCGAGCGCGAAAAGAUGCAGAGGGAAUUGGACAGGAUGCAAGUCGAAAUGGAGUGUCAGAGAGAAGAAGCAUCGAAGCUGAGGAAGCAGCUGGAACAGUCACGGGCGGAAAUCAAGAAUUUCUCAGUGGAGCGAGAUCGCUUCCAGGAGCAGCUGGAGAAACUGGUUCAAGAGAUCGAACGGAGGGAGACGGAGAUCCAGAACCUUCGCGCGAAAGGCGCCCAGCCUCAGGCGAACCCCAAAAUGGAAGCCGAGCUCGAGGCCCUCAGGAAGAGGCUCGACGACCGACAGAAGCAGCUGGACGAGUUCGAAAAGAGGCUCAAGAAGAAGAAAGAGAAGCUGGAGCAGGCCGAGGCUGCCAUGCAAAAGGCCGGCAGCACGGAGACGGAGCAAGAGCUGGUCCGACAGCUGGCCGAGUUGAAGAUGCGCUGCGCCGAACUGGAGACGAGGCAGCCACCGCCGCCUCCGACUGGAGGAGCCAACGAGGCCGAGCUGGAGCGGCUGCUCCAGAUCAUGUCUUCCCUCGAGGAAGAGAAGUUCAAUCUGAACGCACAGAUCAAGCAGCUGCAAGAGGCGCUAAAGGACCGAGACAGCAAACUGAAUGCGCUCAAGCGGAGCCAGCAGACAGACAAGACGCGAAGCGCCCAGAUGAUGGACGAAGCUCGCCGGAGAGAAGGAGACCUCGGUCGAGAAGCUUCCAAAGCUCAAGAGGAAGUGACGCGGCAGCGGGAGCGCAUUGAGGCCCUGGAAGAGGCCCUUCGGGAAAGCGUCGAGAUCACCGCCGAGAGCGAGGCCGAAGUGGUGCGCCAAGAGUCCCUGCUGAGGAAGGCCCAGGAGACGGUAACGGACUUGGAAGCCCAACUUCGUCGCGCGAAGAGCAGCGAAUGCGUCCGCUGUGGCAGCUGCCCCGACCUCAGGUUCCAGAUGAAGGACGUUGGCUGGAAGGCCAUGUGGGCGGAACGGAAGCGCCACCUGGACGAGCUCUACGACAUGAAGUUGGAGGCGCUGUCGUCGGCCAUCAGCGAAAAAGACGCGCACCUGGCGCUGCUGGAAGAACAGCCAAUCCAAGACGAGAACACCAAGCGCCAGGCGGAGAACCUGCGCGCCGAAAAGGAACGCCUUGUUCAGAGGAUCAAAGUGGAGAACGAGAGCCGGGUCAAGAUGAUCGCUGAAGCUGACGACGCCUUGCAACGAGUCAACGGCACUGGAGAUGACGACACGGUGAAUGAGCAGGAUGACAAGGUGAACACGUCGUGACCUCCUCGGAAUUCGCGGCCACGCAGCUGCCUUCGAUACGGAUAGCUUGACACUGAUGAAAGCUGACGGCCACGGGAACCAACGUCCUGCUUCGCUGCACAACCCUCCAUAUACCGCCUUCGUCGAUUCCAUGUGACAACAGCCUUCUCUUUGUUAUCGUUUCUGCUGUUAUCUCUGCGAUGCGAUAUUGCUCGUUCUUUUUCUACUGGCACUUGACGUUAUGGCGUGAAAGUCGUGAUGUACGUAAUAUAUUUGUUUAUUUAUUUUUUUAUUCUGCUCAUUUUCUCACCGUGCCAAAAACUGGACGGGACGUCCCUGGCGAGCCCGAACUCGCGCACCGCGUGAAGGCGAGUUAUGCUUAAUUCUUAACCUUCCGGGUUUUUUUGUACAAAGAGUCAACCUGUUGACUUGUUGCAUACGUGAAUUCUCUUGACAGUGAAGGAAAGACCCAUCCACAUUUUUUUUACCCAUCAUAUAAAUCCACAGCGCUGUAUCUCACUGAGAAACAAAAUACCAAGUAUGUUUUACUUUUCUUGUUACUGCUACCACUUUUUCUGAUGUCUACGGGGAGCGAUACGUAAACGAUCGUUACGCGUUCUUUUUGUUGCAUCACAAUUUGUUUAUAUAACUUUUUGUUUGUUUAACGCAAGCUGAUGUAUUAUUUCUUGUAUAUGACAAGCAACGUUGCCGCUUUUAUUGACUGUACAUAUUGCGUGUUUUUACGAGACGUGUGCUUUCGUCUGCGCCAGUAAUUGAGGCGUCUUCAUCAUAUACAUAUUGGUGUAUGUUGUGCGUAUUUCGAACACCCUUUGGUAUCGUCCCUUUUUUGCUUGUGCUGUAUGUUUAUAGGCGAGAAAGCAAUCUUUCUUUUUCCCCAACGAAGAGUUGAGCUGCCAGGUCCUGGAAACGGCAGAAGUUCUCCAGGACUAAGACAGGUGGGCAGCCAGAUUACGUCACACGAAGCGGAGAACACAGACCAUAUUAAACAGAAACCUCGUUUUACGUGCAAAGCCGCUGUGUUCGAAGUCGCCCGGAGUCUUAGUUACGACUGGUUGGCUUUCACGUUUGGUCGUGGCGAUGAGCGGGCGAACCGCCAACUAACGCAAAUCGUGCACGUAAUUUUGGUUAUUGAGCCAAUUUCGACUUACGCUAUGAUAAGAAACGCACUGGCCAAUGACAGAAAAAUAUUGGAAACAUAGCUCUUUGCCACAACCGAGUGAAAGGACAUUGAUACACAAAAUAAAUCAAGCUUUUAUGAGAUAUAUCGCGAGUCUCUGUGAGCCUGCAGAGAUAAAAGUGAAUAAUCGAUCGUUCAUACAGCAUAUGCGUUACUGCGCGCUAUAUUUUAUUGACCAUGAUGAAGCAACAGUAGGGAAGAUUGCACACAUCUGAAGGAUACAAGAGACAAUUUCCUGCGUCGAUUAAAGUCCUGAGAUGAUGUAUCUUGUUCCAUUACGCUGUAUCCCAUCUUCGCGCUGUUGUUUCACGCUGAUUAAGGCACCAACAAGCUGACAUUUGCACCUUGCUGUAUUUUAUUCAUGUUGUGCUGGCAGCGAGCAAACGCAUAAACUUUCCGCGGAUAAACAGUGAGACGCAGUGUUGUUCAUUCGUUCUAGCUGAAACAAUCGUAGGAGCUGGCGUUCGAAUAGUGAUUCAGCAUAUUUCAGUCAAGAAGGAGGAAUAACUAUGGGCACAUAUCACUAGAUCGAAACAAGGUUGUACUGUUAUAACAUGUAGCUGUGGAGACAUAGUACUCUGGCAAAAGGAGACCUAUGAGCUUAAACGUUCAGAGCACUUAAGAGCACUUAACUGACACCAAGCUGAAGGUUGUUUGCGACUUAAGAAGCACAGUAUAUGGCUCUCCUUUGAGCUAUCAAUAAUGGAUUUCUGUGUACUCAGGAGAGGGCACAGAAGCACAAGGGUAUGUUACGUUACACUUAGGUCUGUCAGCAGUUUAAUCGCAGUUGUUCACAAAUAGGACGCGGAAGGAGGAGUGUAUUGCGAUGCCAUACUUUUUUUUCAUUAUUCAAAUGAUCGUUCUAGUUGAGUAAUACAUACCUGGAGAAUACUCUAAGUGAUCAUGAUCAGGUCACAGUUCUUGGUAUGGUCUGUGGCAGUUCUGAACUCAGUGAAAAGUUGAAUUCUCUGUUCUUCGAUCAAGCUCACGCUAACGUGGUGAUCUUCGCUUGCCUAAUGAAAAAUUGGGCAUCGUUUAUAGUCAUAUAGUCACCAAUCAGGACAUUCAAUAACGCUGAUUCGCGCACUUUCCCGUAUUGCAUAAGUUUACCACCAGAAUCACCGGAAUUCAUUACUGCAUGCACUGGCCAGCUUGCCGAGAAUUCAGCCACCACUACUACUUUGUUCUUCCUUCUAUCAUUAAGAGAAGACACCAUGAGAAGAUGUCAGGUACAGCUGUAGAUGCAAGCCUACAGGAAGCGGCAGUGGUCCUAUAUGCGUUCCAUAAUGACGGAUUUGAUUUAGUAAGCUUCAUUGCAAUACAUAUCUGUAUUGCGGUGAAGCGCACAAAAAUAAAAUCGCACAGGCAGACGAAGGCUUCAGGAGAGCACCUCAGAUUAUGAUAAAGUGGGCGGCGCAGGACCUUCAACCUACGGACCAGUCCGGGUACCAGAUUUAGUGUUACCGCGCCUUGAUGUCCUGGAGGCACCGCCGAAGUAUACUAAAUAAUUACAUGUUGUUUACACGUAGCAGUUGCGCAAUUUCUCACUUCCAUUCAACGCAACACAGUUUGUAUGCUUCACCACAUAACAUUGUUGUACUGCGGUGAAGCGAUUAUGAAACACAGAUAGGACUUGCUCGGGAAACUACCAUUUGGAGUAGUGCUGAAGCUCCGACGACGUGUACGUUCAAAUUGAUACAGGUUCAGAGAGUGAUGCGAUACAUGGCUUAGACACCGCAACGAAAGCGUAGGUCCACUCUGAAUCAAUGAUUUAGUGAAGCGUAAGCACGCGCUUUGCCACGACGCUUCUGUACAGCAGGCAAACGGCAAACAACUGCUAGCCGACACUUAAUUAAACGCCCAGAGCUCCACUUCACUUAUGAGCAGGACAACUUCUGACCUCUAAAUUCCCGCAGUCACCUAAGUGAUCGGACAAGAGAGACGGCUCCGUAGACUGCUCACUUCGGUUUCUCGGCCGAAUCAUCCACUUUUCCUUUGGCAGGUCGGCCGACCGGUGGCCUUUCACGCAGCGUGGUACAGCUAGCUAUGCAAGAGCCUAGACGGCGCCAACGUCCCCGCCCAUGCGCUACGUCUUCUGACAUUGGUACUUAGGACACGCGAGUGUACGUACGAAGUUAAAACUGACGCCCGGAAAGUUGUGACCAUGUCGUUGUAGCUAGCAUCCGUGCUCGGCGGCUUCACUGUCGCCAUCGCCUAAGUUAUCAGCAAGGACAGUUUGGUCAUAUCCUGAACUGGCAACAAAACCGGUUUCGCAACAAGGUCAGGGCCUAGUUAAUGCAACGUCCAGUCGUCUCUACGAAGGUUGCAGAUUUGCGAACCUGCUACCUCUGUCACUGCGAAGCUGAUGGCAUUUAACAUGCAGCAUGUCAAUCUUGUAUCAUGGGCGAACGACAGGAAAGAGAUUAUUUCAGCUUUCAGUAAACGGCAGCUACGAUUCAUGAACCUUGGCAGACGUUAAGGCCUGGCUCUGGCACUUUCAGAAAGACAACUGGCGGUUGGCGCAGGAACGUUGUCGAGCUGAGGCUAUGCCAGCUGCACGCGACCGCAGUUCGCAACCUUUCAAACGUCGAGUAUUCAGGUGUGCUUAUCGGGCUCCUCGAGAGGGUUCCGGCAAGGUGGGCGGACUCACCUCCCGCAAGGAGCAAGACCAUGUGGAGCGGCCCUUUCUGUUCCGCUAUUCUGCAGUGCCUCUCUCUGUCUCUCUCAGACGAUUCAAAUCAUUCCUACGCUUCGCGCGCUCCUUUCACUUAUUUAUCGGGCGUGCGCAGGCCAGCCAAACGUGGAAUGCGUUCGCAAGCGCUUCUCAUUCACGUUAUUGUUAUUUUUUUUUCCUGUGUGUCGUGUACAUGGUGGCAGCCGGCAAACUCAGCCGCGCCAGGCAGAGUCCGCGGCGCUUGGAUUUUCCAGUUUAUUUGUACGGCGCCGGUUUGCAACUCACUCUGGUCGCGAGAUGCAUGGUGUCGUUCCAGCAAUGUAGAUGAAGACGUCUAUGGGAGAAAAAAAAUCACUGUUGUUGCAUUGUUCGUUCUCUAUCGUUUGUUGUUUUUUACACACUGUUACGCGUGUACUGUCAUCAUUAUUUCCUUCUCCCUCGAGUGUCUGUAAACCUUAACUAAACUGUGUAUCCUCGAAACCAUAAAAAAAACAAAAAUCAACAAAGAAAUGAAAACUCAGCCUCUCUCCUCGUCACCGUGGUGUGCACUCUAUAAUUACUUAGGUAUAUAAAUAUAUAUGUAUAAAUAUUAUGUAUAUGUAUACAUAAUGCAUAUAUGUACAUGUUGGUGUGUGCGCAUGUGUGCGUGUUUCUGUUUAUGCGUUUUGUCUUCGCGUAAUAUAUAAAUAUGUGUGUAAAUACAUGCUAGCUUAUUCCGUGCCGCUGGCCCCCAUUCGACGGGGAAUAAGACAGCGAUGAGAUGGUUCAGCGCGGACAUUUCGCUCGGGGUUUCAAGCGAGCUCCGAGACGUGUCUCACAAGCGCUAGUGUGUUAACAAGUUUCGCUGAAAACGAUCUUGAGCACUUCUAUAACUACACACGUAGCCAGAUUAGACGCGACGUCGAAAAGAGAAGGAAACCGAGUUGGCGCCUGCGCAUUCUUAUCGAUGGCAGGUUCCCAUUGGUGACUGUUGGUCCCCGUUGGUGACUGGGGCUUAAACGGGCUCGUGGUGGGCCUUAAUAGCUGCACUGUCUGUCAUCCUUCAGCCCGUAGCUGUACAUAUAUCAAACAAUAGGUGCGCUACGUUCUAAACGCAAUUCCUUUGCGGAAAACAGUCAUGACGUUUCUUACGAUGCUUUCUUGAAUGUCUUCUCGCGUACCUGAUGGCCUUAUACUUUUGAUUGGCGUGGAAAAGAAUCCUGUUCGCUUAGCUGUCAGGCUGGGCAUACCUUAUGAUGAGUUCUGUGAGCCAAACAGGAAAAGAGUACAGGUACAGAAUAAACGAAAAGAAAAGAAACUGUUGUGGGCUUGGAAAUAGGUUGACAAUGCUUCUGAGGCAGGGUGCUUAGAAGGUGAGCUCUCUGCACAGGUUGUCGACGCACCUUGGUUCACAAAAUGCUUUCUGGUGGUUCCUCGCGUGCUCAAGCGCAGAUGUGUCCCAACACUGCCAACGCAUUUAGGAAAAACAAACUGACGUGCUUUAUCGCAAUUCUUUUUCUAAACGUGUCUGCAAACGUGGACGAGAAUGACCCAUCGGGGUUCGGUUGAGAAUGACAAGGCUGCCACUAUACAUAGGCUAAGAUGACGUCACCCCGUUCGCGUAUGUAUCCUGUGAGCGAUCGUAUAGUCUGGAUGAGUGACUGGUGUGUAUAGAUAGACGGAGCGUGUCAUUUACAAGGCUCUGCUUCAGCAUGUAUUGAAGCAAAGCGCGAGUGUGUUAAGCGAAUGGAAAGCCUGGGACUCUGUUACGUCAAAAGUGGUUUGCGUGACGUCACCUAGAGUUAGCGACAGAUUGUCGUCUUAAAGCGGCAGACGCACGGGGCGAUGCGUGCCCUUGGUGACGUAAAUAUUUAAAAUUAAUUACUGUGCUUCGACAGCCCACACUUUAGAGCAGUGGGAAACAUUGCACCCAAGAAUUGACCGGGACAGCUAAUAGAUGGUUUCAGCAUAGCGGAGACGUAGUAGUACAGCAGAUACGAUACCGAAGAACCGGAGGCUAACCGGAGGCAGCUCUGCUGGCGACAUCUUGCGACAUAGUGAUCAACCAUAACACACUGGAAGUGGUCGUGUGUUGCGCAAUUCUCGUGUUCGGAAAAUAUAAUUUACAAACUUUCGUCAUUCUUGUCUAUGUGGACAAGUUUACGCCAGCUGUUAAGCGUAUAGCAGUCGGUCAUUUCAAUCCAAGCUGAACUGCGAUUUUUUUUAAAUAAUAUUUCGCAAGAGGUCGUUAGCAUCGCUGUUACUCGCUUCCACGCCUCCCAGUAUCCGAGUGUCAGUUAAGCUAGCACGUCUCAGCUGUGCUAAAUCUGUCUGAUACCUUGAAGAAGCACGGCGCACGUCGUAAUGACGCGACACAUAACUAUAGACCCCUUCAUGCACUGCAAGAGAGAAUGUUGUCUAGAAAUAUGAAUUGGAAUAAAUCCAAUGCAACUGCAGGAAACACGCACAAAGUUCACUUGGAGGCAUUAAAGUGUACCCUUUCCGCGUAUGUUUGUUUAUAUUUGUAUCGUCGCUUCCUAUCUUUGUAUUCUGACAUUAGCGUUUUAAUUAGUGUCACUCGCCAUUACAGAUACGUGCUCGUGAAUUUUGUUAGUUUAAAAUUACUAUUCAUGCAUUGGUGCGUUCUGGGAUCUGCCCAUGCGAAAGGCGGUCGCCUCAGAAACGUCGGCGCAAUGCAACGGGCUCAUUGAGCUCGAAUUUGUUUUCUUUUUUUUUUACUUUUAGUGACGCACAUAUUACGACAUACACGUUCUCUAGAUCAGUAGCACAAAGCCUGAUCACACUAGCGAUAUAGAACCGCGUGGCGACCGCUAACUUCUAUUAAUAUUGCUGCCGUAUGCAAAAAUUUCACAGCAGUGUCAUCUCGAGCGUCUACAAAAGCUUAUCGACACAGUAGGAAUGUAAAUUGCAAAUCAUCUGUCUCUUUGAAAGGAAAUAUUCUGAAUAAGUGACCUUCUGGAGAUAAUGCAUUAAACAGUGCAAAUAUAGUUGUCAUUGUCGCCUAAUCGUACACAUCACUUGACAGGUCAGUAAUAGUUUAUGGGCCUUUUAGAGUUCCAAUGUCGGUACUGACACGUUUAGUUGACAGUUGAAUAACAAGAGGAAAACACCGAAAAUAGAUGCCUCUUUACUUGUACGUCUCGAAACCGAAACUAAGACUCGGCAAUGACGUCAUACUCUAUACCUGAUGAGGUUGUCACUUACUGCUUUGUUACGUGCUUUUUUUUUAAAUUAUGCAAUCGUAGUUGCAUUUGCGGGCUCAAAAAGAGGGCUUUAAGAAAUUGUCUAAUUUACAUUCCCCUCUGCGGGCUUAACGCUUGUCGCAGUCAAGAAUUGAAGCUGUUGGGGUGUAUAUAUUUUUCAAGAAGAGCUGCCUCAGCACAUAAACAGUUUCAUCCAUUUCCUUCAAUAUUUACGCGCAACAGAACCAACGCAUGAAUUAUUCUACAGUGUACUGAAAGGAAGCCAAGCGAAAUGUAUUGGAUACUCAUGUCACGUGAGUGUAUUGCAAUGCGUUAGGAUUUCCGUGAGUUAAGAGUGGGCCCUCCGCGACCCAUCGAACUCCUGAGUGGUAUAGUGUGCGUACAUGCGCACAUAUAUAUAAGCACUGGUGCUCAAGCUUUCACAUAGCCAAAACGAAGUUGGUCGUUUGGUGAAGAAGCUUAGGCCACGAUAAUUUCUAGUAAACGAAAAAAAAUAUAUUCUACCAAAUUGCAGUGGAGGAUAGAAGUGACCAUGCGCUAAUGAGCGGGCCACCUUUCCUUGAAGGUAUCGUGUUUUGAAAACGUUCGACAGGGCCUCUAUUACAAGCACGUUCUUUGCGAAGAUUUUGUUGUUGCUUUUCAGUUUAUGUGGCUCGCUCUAUUACUGGCAUUGGUAGGAAGAAGAGAAUGUCAAGGACGCUCCUUUCGGAGCGUCCUUGACAUUUCGAAAGGAGUGUCCUGUGACGAAAGGAGCGUCACAGUGUAUAUGAAACUAUGAAGCUAUUGCCUACUUCAGCUAAUAUUUGCAAAAUUAAGGAAAGAAGCAGGGACAGAAGAGAAGGGAGGCGCACGUAACGGAACGUUUUUGUAUGUCUCUUCUUGUGUCAUUAGAAAAAAAAGUUUUCUUGCGUUACUUUUACCCAGAAAACAUUCUGUAUGCUACAGCGAGGUGGCUCUAUUUCUGAGCUGUUUCCACGGCAGGCUGCCACGCUUAUGUGCUCCCUCUCACAAUUCGUGUGCAGCGCUACCGGAGGUACGAGGCGUACACAGGUAAUAUUACUGCGCAGCGGAAUAUAGUUCUGCGCGUAGGUGCCUGAUUAAUGGCAGGUUUAGAGUGUUUUGUUUUUGCUUGGUACAAGAGUCCGUUACAGCGAUACGACACGUGUUGGGAGAUUCGCGCAUGCGUGUCGUAUACCUCGAAUUCAGAAGCUGCUGAGCAGACGACGCGGCGCGGAUGAGCACAUCUCGAGGGGAAUUCGGCCUUCCUAUUGGCUAAGGAGUCCUGCAGCUUCCACAGUGCCCCCAACGAUUUGUGAAAUGGAGUACAAGUGAGCAUAGCUCUUCGGCAAACUUGAAGGCCCUGCAAGCGUAACCGCUUGCCCCGUUCACAUUCUGUCAGAAUUUCCUACACGUAUGAUCUGAGAUUAGGUUUACAUCAGGCUUACAGACGUUUUUGUUGGAUGUGCACGGGCAACACUUAAAGACCUGUUUUUGAUUGUACUGUUCGUGGUAGCAGGAAGUUACGUGAUAUCGUAAUUAGCGGCAGUGAUCGACGGACGUGUUGUUCUGCAAUACGUGAAAACACUCACACAAAACGGAAGAAAGAAGAGCGAGCACAUGACGAGAACGAACGAUCUCAGCGGUUUGAGUACAUUACAUCUCGAGCGCGUCCCGGUCAUUGCACGGAAUGGGCGUGCCGACAGCAAUACUUUUUUUUUUCUUCUUUCCCGAACUCCUCCGUGUUAGUACACCGAUAGCACCCCGUUCAGCGGUGGACGUCGCUCCCUCGGCUGCACGCCAUUCAUGUUCGCUUGCUGUGUACGCAUGUAAGCUGAGCCGCAGCAGGUGUGGCGAGGUGCGCGUGUUUUUUUCUGUGUGUGGUUUGCGCCUGACGCUGUGUGUGUCUGUCUGUCUGUCUGUCUCUCUCUCUCUCUCCCACUCGCUAUCGCUUUCUAUUUCACUCUCCAACAGCUCUGUCGCGUGCUGAUUCUUCACGAGGAGAGUGCAUAUGCUAUGUUUGAGAAAAACAAAUGGAGGGCAUUAAAAGCAAAUCGUUUCAUCGCCAGCAC